AAAGAAUAAUCGUACGUCUGGCAGAGGUCACGUGGUCGCGCGGGUGUUUACAGAGCCAAGAGACAUUUACCUUCCUUAGGGCAUUUUAUAAUAAUUUCCCCAGGACCUAUCAACUGCUGAGGAGCGUGGGAGCACAUGGUGGCGGCGGCGGGGGUGUUGGAGGGCUUGUCACGGUGCUGGGGGAGGAGGGAGCAUGUAAAGAAGCGAGGAGCGGCCGCGUCAGCAGUCUUGGGGCCUAAGCAAGAUGGCGACCCUUGGCCCUGUGGCGAUCUGAAAACAUAAAAAGUCAUAAUGGACCACAGUUAUGUGAGUCGUCAGCAUCCACCCGUGGAUAAGGAGUCCUCUAGCACCAUACCAAGAUCUCCUGUAGGCCGCCGGACUGGACGGUCUCGCAGUGUUUCAGAGUCUGGCCAUGGACCAGUUCCUUCUCAAGAUGUGUCAAUGAGAUUAUCAACAUUGGCUACGCCUGCACGUGUCUCAAGCAACUCUCAACAUGACUCCCAAACAAGAUCAGACCGACCAAGGAAGUCAAGGUACUCGAGUGGAAAGAGUCAGAGUAGUGGUCGUGUUCCCCGGGAAGGAAGGUCAUCGUAUGCCGAGGGUGGACAGGGAAGACUGCAUGCUUAUAAAGCAGGAUCAUUAGGUUCAGACGAAGAGGAUGGAAGUCCUCCAGAACCUAAAAGAUCAAAAGUAAAUCCUCUUCCAGAUAUUAUGCAUGACUGGGAGAUCAUUGUCAAAUCCCUCAAGGCCAAUGAACGAAGAGAAAAGUUGGAAGUCACUAAAGCCUCUAGUUCUUCUUCAGAAAAAAUUCAUAGUGUAUCAGAUUCUUCUGGUUAUGAACAAAAAAUUGCAGAGGAAAGUCUUGUUGCAGUUCGUAAAUUAGAUUUUGCAAGUGUGCAGAAAACUCAGGAAUUAGAUGAACCAAAAUCUGGAAGCAGAAAUACAGAAGCUGAUAGUGACAAAGAAAACACUAAGUUGAGUGAGAGUGUUGAUACAGAAUCAAGAGAUGAUCAAGGUUUAUCAGUUCCUAAUGAAAAUGUAGAUUCAGUGCAUUUAGAAAAUGGUGAACAGAAUGUAGAGACCUCAGGAGAAUGUACUGUGGAAGGAUCCUCUGUGAACAGUAUUGCAAAAGAAGAGUUGAAUACAAGUGUGAUAAAUGUACCUGGGAGGAGUGAGAACCAGAGUGGUGAUCCUGACAGAAAUAAGACUGAAAAGCUCAAUGUUAAUGCAUCACAUGUGGAUGUAUUAGAUAAGAGACAUUCAGGAAAUAAAUAUGAUGUAAUACCAGAAAAAAAUAUAGGCUCACUUGCUGCAAGGAAGGCUCAGGAUAGGUGUGAAAAGAUAAAAGAUAAAGAGACAAAAAGAGAGGCUUCUAGGUAUACCAGUGUUGAUGCUUUUGACAGGGUUACUGUCUGCGAGAGCAAGCAGCUAUUUGCUAAAGACAAUACUCUUUCCAAAACUUUUGAAAAAACAAAAGAGGUCUGUAGUUCAGAGAUAUUAACGGAAGCCGAUGAAAGAGAGAGUCCUGUUCGGGCAUUUGGAAGGAAAUGUAUGUUGUCUAAAGGAAAAGAUGAGGAAGUUUUGUUAGAUGAAGGGCUAACUAGCAAUAACAAUGAUGACAGUAUCGUUUCUGGUCUUUCGGAAUGUACUAGCAAAAAGAGGUCUUUUAUGAUUAGAAAAGGAUUCCCUGGUUUUGCUGAAUGUUAUGAAGAGCAGCCAAAAGAGUUACUAAAUCCAGGAUCUGUCAAGCUUAAGUUUGAUAGUGGACUUAAAGGACGAAAGAAAUCAUAUCAGGAUGAGAAGUGCAAGUCAGAAUACAAAGUGAAGGAUUGCAAAGUUGUUUUAGAAAGAGAUUGUGAAUCUGCAGUUAGUACAGGUAUUAAGAAAGACGAAGACUUACUGAAGGGGAGUGGAGUUAGCUCUGUGCUAUGUAGUAUGGAAAGUUCAGGAGUGGGUAUGGCAAGACUAAGACAUGGUCUCUCCUCAGAAAAUGUCCUUGUAGAAAAAGCCCAGGGAAAAACUAUCAUUUCAAAGUCAGAGUUUCAAGAUCUUUUUGGGUCAGUAGAGGAGGAUAAAGUUGCUGCUUAUGACUUUGAGGGCUUCUAUAAAAGUACAUUUGAGAAUAUGUGGGAAAGUGGUGAUGAAGAAGUUGAAGCAUUUGAAGGUUUUGCUUCAGAUGAUGCUGCAUUGAAUGUGGAACAUUCAUCAAAAUCCACUUAUGGCUAUCAAAUCACAAGUUCAGAAAGUUGUAUUGAGUUAGAUAGCGGGAAAGUUGUUAGAAAAGAGAAAAUCAUAUUUGAUGCCAAAAAAGUUUGCCAUGAAUGUCGACUAAUAUUUGAGACAAAGCAAGAAAGACGGCAACAUUACCAUGUUGGUCACAAAAGGGUAUAUGACUGUAUGUUUGAUGAGGGAAGUUGUGGAAAGAGCAUUGGUGCUGUACAAUAUCAUGCUCAUUUGUGGGACCGGCAUGACUAUCUAAUUAAACGGAUUAUUGAGGAUCUGACAUCCGAUGUUGCAUCUUGUACAUUGGUUGGUUCAGCGUCAGAUACUGCUGGUCCCUGUCGAGUGUGUCUCUGCAUGCUGACACAACCAGCCCGGCAGCUCCAUGAAUUCCUGGUGCAUGGCCUGGUGUCCAGUAUGCUAACCUUGGGCUCCAGCUCCCCACAGGCCACUGUGUGGUGGACUGGAAGAGGUUUAGCCUGGACUUGCCACCAGUGUUCUGCUUCUAAUUCCUCAUUUCAAAAUCCUAAAUAUCUCUUGUUGUUGUGUGCUCCACAUGCAUUCCCUAAGCUGUUGGCAAACCAUUUGGUUAAUGUACACCUUAUGAGUGAUACUUUGUUACAUGGUUGGUGGUUGGUGUUACGCCUGUUAAUUUCAUUGCCACAAGUUCACCGUGUGUCCCUAGCAUCCAUUCUUGCUCUAGGCUUACAAAAAGAUUUGUCUUCAACCUGUUGCCUUAUGUGUAAACGUUCACUUGCUUUUAUGGUGAGUCCUCAAUUGGAAGAAUCAAGAGGAUUAUGUGCAUGGUGUUUAGAUAUGGCAAAGGAUAGCUUAGCAUGUUGGUUCUUAUGUGGGUAUCCUUAUCCAAAUUCUGAGUCACAGCUUAUAUCUCAUCUUCUGUCAAAUCAUGCUAGCCAGCUUUCUGGAGGUUGGUGUGUGUUAUGUGGUCAGUGGGUGAAAUGUCUGCUUUCUCAUGAUUUAAGUCAUUCUUAUGUUGAAAAGAGUAUUUCACAUUUUUACUGUACUUUUUGUUCAGAAAGUCUUGCUGGGCAGAAUGUACUAUCAUGGGCAGUUCACUCCUGGUCUGCUCAUGUCUACCCCUGUCCCUUCCCUACUUGUGUCACCUACCACAUCACUGCAGAUGAAGAGGGACAAGCCAAACCAUUCAAGACAGUGUUGCCCACCUCCAUACAUUUAGCAGCUCACAUCAAUGCUUACCAUCUUUCAACUGAGAAAAACUUGCGGCUGGAUGAGCUUGCAAUGCUCCUCCAGUGGGUGAGAGGUGGCCGUGGGGGAAUGUUGAUGGCAGCUGAUGCACAUUAUUUGAAUGGAGUGUGGUAUGAUCACAUUGGGGAAAUAUUCACUCUGGUUCGUAAUCCACCCAAUCUGCAUCUGUCUAUGACUGUGAAAGUUUGGUGUACAUGUGCCCUCUGUGGAUGCUCAACAUUCCUAGUGCUUCGCUACAGAGACUGCAGUCCAUCUCCUAUUUGUCGAGAGUGUCGUUAUGGUCUCCGACGCUGCCAUAUUGGACCGCCAUGGAAGUGCCCCUCCAAGACUUGUGACUUUAUCAUUGCCCAAGCAGCUGGUCUUUAUGUUCACCUGAUGGAAUCCCCCAAGCAUAGACAUACUAUAAAACCUAACUUCAAGUAUCUCUCUUUGCCCAGUCGUUGUUCUAAAUGUGAUUCAGCAGAAACGUUUCCAGACCGAUUGUCACUAUUCUGUCACCAUCUUCUUUCUCACACACUUGCAUGUCUUAUUUGCCCAUUUCAUGCUAUCACAGCUACGUCCCUGCAACAUCACCGAAACACUUGUCAUGAUUUGAGAUCCUGGGACACAGUAUGGACAAGCCUUACCAACAAGCACCAGCUUAGAGAAAAGUACAAAGGAUCAAGUGUUGAAUCUGUUAAACAAGAAAGCUGUUUGAUGCUUGUAGGUAUGAAUUCGACUGGAGGAGUGAUAGCUCAGUGUGAUCCAUUCAUAAAUACUGCUCCCUUGAUACAAGCUGCUCAGGAAAGUGUGGAAGUUGGACAGAGGCAGCAGAUGGGAAAAAUAGCUGUUGAGGAAUGCCUUGAAAGUGAAGAUGAAAGUAAUGCUGGGUGGUGUGAGUCUUUAUGUACUGUAUCCAUGUCCCCUCAUAAGUUGACUCCACCUACAAUUGACAACACACAAAGUACUGAAAAGGUUAAGAGUACUAAAAAAGAUAGAAUUCAACCUGAGCAAUCAGCUUGUCUCACCAAAGCUCAAAGUGUACCUGAAAGUACAGUCAAGUCUUUGAAAAGUGAAGUUGGCAGCACUUUGCCCUCUGCUGCUGAACCUGCAGAUGAGAAAAGAAAAGAUGAAAUUGUUGAACCUCAGAAAGAAUAUGAGGAAGAAGAUGACAGUGGGAGUGAACCACCUUUGCAGAUUGAUACAGCUGCUGCAUCUCCUAAUUCUAUACGUGAGUCAGGUCCUCCUAGCCCAGGAUCUCCAGUGUCUGGCCCUAGUACUCCUAUGGCAAGGCCUGCCCCUGCACAAACUCAGAGCAGGCCUCCAACUUCAAACACCAGUGAAGAAGGAGUAAUUCCUUCAAAGACUAAAAUAUCUGAAGCAUUAAGCUCCAAUAGUAAAGACAAAAGGGAUUCUGGCAAACAAGAGAAAUCAGAUCAGUCACAAGUAGAGGGAGGAAUGUUAACAUUUGGAUUAGUUGAUGCUUUGAACAACGUUGUGGCACAAACUUUCCGUACAAUGACUGAAGUUAUAACUGAACAGUUACAGCAGAAAGAUGAAGGGAAAAGUAAACCAAGUGGAAAAAAUUCUGGAGAUUCAACCGAAACUGUUUCACAAGACACUGAAACCUCACAGUCACAGUCAAAACCCAUUGUAGAAAAGAAUGGUAGGAGAGGAGAGCCAAAGCCGGUUCCAAAGGGUCUUGGAGAAAAUGCAGACAUUGAUAUAACAUCCAUGGGGGAGAAUAUUCUGCAAGAUCUUUCCGACAAGUUUACCGGCCAGUGUGUUGGGUGUGGCGUCAGUGUUCUUUUGCCACGUCUUUUGCUGCAUUUGAAUGAAGUUCAUUCUGAGUCCCUUAUCACAUGUACUUGUGGAGCUUUUCAGGGAAAUCUCUAUGCAUUCCUUGUCCACUCUUUCCAUCUAUCUCAUUUGCCGAGUGAGGCUCGUCCUUUAAUGCUGUCCACACCAGAUGGUAGCCAGAAAACUAUGAUAGUUUUAGAAGCAAGAUCAUCCUCACUCACCUAUACAUAUCCAUGUUUCAAGUGUGGCAAAAGAUUCAAGCAAGAGAAAUCUAGACAGCUUCACUAUAACCUCUGCAAAUUAGAGAAAAAGUUUGAAUGUGAAGUUUGUGGUGAGAAGUUUGUGCGUGACCACCACCUAGUGAAGCACAAGGAAUGGAAACAUAACCCUCAGACUUGCCCUCAUUGUGGUAAAGGUUUCACUUCUGAGGUCUCUUUAACUCAACAUGUUCUGCACAUACAUAAAAAGUUACUGGCCCACAAGUGUGAACAGUGUGGAGACAGAUUCAGCACUCGCUGCAGACUUAAAGUGCAUUCACGCAUCCACACUGGAGAGCGUCCACAUAACUGCCAACACUGUAAACAGGCAUUCGUUUCAAAGAAUUUAUUAGCCAAACACGUGGCCUCAAUACAUCCAGGGCGAACAUCAAAUUACCAAUCAGAUUCGAGUGAAGACCUGAGCCGUUACAAAAGCCGUAAGCACAGAACAUCUUUUGAAAAAUCAGCAAAGAAAAAAGGUAGUCAAGAAAGUGAUUCUGAUUCAGAUGCUUCAGAAGUGGAUGGUCCAACAACACAAGAAAGUAAGACAUCAAAACCAGCUGAUGAUGACAAAGUAGCUGAGCAAGAAUUCCAAACAAGACUUGUUAUGUUAGCUAUGACUGAGUCUGAUUUAGAAACCUCAGAAUCUGAAUCAGAAACCACAGCUUCUCAACAUGGGAAGCAGGUUAGUAAGCAAAAGAAUUUACCUGAAAAGAAGUCUGAAAGUCCAAGAGAAGAAUAUCAUAGUUACAUGUUUGAUCUUUCAAAUAAUGAGGAUCAGAAAAAGAAGAGGAUAACAGAUUGUUCCAGUAGUGUUGUUGGAGCAAUUGGAGGAUCUGUGAGCGAGAAUUCUGCUUCCCUCGCUGUGCGGGAAGACAUGCUGCAAAUAGUGGAGAGAGCAGUGGGUCUGAGAUGUGGACCAUGCCAUCAGACUUGGAGUGAUCCUGCAGGAAAACUUCUACACAUGUAUCUAGUUCACCCACAACUUGUCCUAAACCUUGGACUCACAGAAUGUGCUUUUUGUAAUUUCUCGUUUUCCACAGCUGAUGACAUCAAUGACCACCAUCUUGCUCUCCACCAGCGGGCAAUGCUGCCUGAUGGAACUUUUCGCUGUUUGUGUGGCCUUGUAUUCCGUGAGGAUGGAGCUUACUAUUUCCACCUUUACUAUGCCCACAAAGCCCAACGGGCUCUCAAUGUUGGUGGAGAGAUCGUCUGUCGGGUGUGUGAGACCCGUCCACGUCUCAACAAGAUUGUCGACUUGGUGGUUCACUUAAGUGACACACAUACCAUGUUUGAUCAUGUAAGAGUAAAUGAUGCUUACAUGUGCAACUUUUGUUACAAAGCAUUUGAGUCAUGGACUGUAUUAAGCUUACAUUUCUUUAUGGUACAUAAAGCUACCAAAAGUCAGACCCAUAGUUAUGACUGCCCUUAUUGUGAAGGGGCUUCACCUUGGCACUCCUUGGAAGCAUUGCAGUAUCACUUAGAUAAUGUUCAUCCCUCUCACCAACGUGUACAUAAAGUGCCAGAAAACUCGUGUAGUAUUUACAUGCCUGCCUCACGUGCUGCCGUCACCCCAACUUCUGCAUCAAGGAGUAAAAGAAAGAAGCCUGUAACCAACAGUGGUGCUAAAUCUCCUCCAAAGAAACGUAAGAGAGCACCAAAGAAGAAAGUCUAUGAGGGGGCAAGUAUGGAGGCAGAUGAAACUCUGUACUGUAUUUGUCAGUGUCCCUAUGAUGAGGUAUCAGACAUGAUAGGCUGUGACAAUCCCUCAUGCCGAUACCAGUGGUUUCAUUUUGAGUGUGUUGGGAUAAUGGCUGCACCAGAGGGUAAUUGGUAUUGUCCAGAGUGUACCACCACUCUCAAGGUAGCAGAGAAGCAGCAGAGAUCACAAAAACAACAACCUCAUGCUGAUCUAUAUGAAUAUUAUAGUAAUUUUGAGACGGACUCACGGCCUCAGCCUCAACCUCAACCUCAUCCUCAUCCUCAACCUCAACCUCAGCCUCAGCCUCAACCGGAGACACCUGCUAAACCACCCAGUCAGAGACAACGUUCUUCCUCUUCUUCUUCUUCAUCUUCCUCUUCUUCCUCUUCUUCAAGUGAUUCUUCCUCUUCUUCUUCUAGUAGUGAUUCUAGUAGUGACAAUGAAAAUAAUGACAACAAUGACUGAGAAAUGUACUGAAUUUUGGAAUUGUGCAGUAUAGCUCAACUUGAUAGACUGUUGUUCGUCACGUUCAGUACAAUACAUACUUGUAAAAAAAGUUGUCUAAGGUUGUUAAUUACUGUUCUUAGUCUGGUAUUUUCUUACUGAAAUAGUCUUUUCAUUGUAUAAAUGGAUUUUCCUUUUUCAGUUCGGUAUGUUUUGCCAUGAUAAUUGCUCUUUGUAGUGUAGAAUUUUCACUGAGUUACUACUAUGAUGGUAGGAAUUUAGACUGCAGUACCGUACCUGAAAACUAAAACUGGUUAAAAGCACUGCUAGAUGGUAGCCUAAAUUCAUUACCUUCAACGAAGAUGUGCACUGGUGACACUAAGUGUCAUAUAUUACUUGCCUUGGCUAUGAAUGAAGCUUUAUGAUUCCAUUAUUUUUUGGGAUUGGAUUAUGAAUGGAUUAAUCCUAUACUUAAUAGGAAACAGUCCAAAUAUAGUACACUGAAUGUUGUGUUAGUCAGCUUAUGCAGUUGUGUUACAUUUUUUUUUCCCAUGUAAUAUUAGGAAAGUUUAGGUGCCAAAAUGUAUCAAAAUUUACAUAACUACUUGUUAAAUACAGUUUUCAUGACACUGAAAACCUGUACUUUUGUGAUAGUGUUAUUUUAUAUAACAUUUUUGUUGUGUUUGCAGACCUUCAAUAUUUUAGAUGUUUGGCAUUUUAUAACUGUGUCAUGAAACUCAGGAAGCAGUUUUAGGCAGCAAGCUUUGCUUUGUUUUAUUCUUUUUUAAGCAGUUUUCCUCUGGAUAUUUUGUUUAGUUUUUCUUUUUCAAAGCUGGAGGACUCUUCAAUAACUUUUUUUGAUUACACAUUAUUAUUAUUAUUAUUAUUAUUAUUAUUAUUAUUAUUAUUAUUAUUAUUAUUAUUAUUAUUAUCAUCAUCAUCAUCAUCAUCAGUCUUAAUGAUAAUAGAUUAUAAUUGUAAGAUUUUCCUCUAGCAUAAAACAUUUUCUUUUGAUCUUGGUCUUUGUAUCAUUCUUUAGCUGAAGCACACUGUAAAAUGAGUGAAGAGAAAACAUAGAUUCUGUACCUUUGUAUACCUGUUAAUGGAUAAUAUGAUUGUAAAUAGUCUGGCUUAUGUACAAAAUGUAUUAGUAAAUCUGAUGUAGCAAAAAGUUUU